AACGUUCACACGUGACUUGCCGCUAGGUUCUUUAUAGUGGUAUUUAGUGUCUCUGUGAUACGGACGUUUAAAUUGUUAUAGCGCUUGAACGUGAUUUAUAAAGUACCUAGAGGUGUUUUUAUUGAGAUCUUCAACGUGCGCGUGAGUUGUUUUAUCACUCGAUUGUAUUAAAUAAAAGCAACGGACGUUUUGUCUUGUUACGAGUACGAUCGGACGUGUACGUGUGUUUUUGGUUAUAAUAUAAAACUUGAAUUUCUUUAUAGUAUUGUGAUUCGUUUUUAAAUCAGUGAGGAUAUAGGAAGAGUUUGGUGCAAGUGUUGUGUUCUGGUGUGCAGUGCCGAUAUUUUUGAUAUUUGGAUUAUUUUUCUUACGAGGAGAAUACUUUUUUGCAAGGUGUUCCAAGGGAUGCAAAAAGUUGCAGUGUUCCGGACUUUAGUGUCGACGCGUCGGUACAGUUGAGUGGUGAAGUGUUUGGUGCGGUGUUCGCUAAUGUUGUGAUAGUUGAUCCGUCAUGGUGCUGACAUGGCGUGCGCUAGUGCUGCUGGCCGCGCUGGGGGUGUGCGCGAGUGUACCGGAGACGUACUACCACAACCACUUCGCUGUGCGAGUGCCGGGCGGCGUCGAGCGCGUGGAUGACAUCGCGAGGCGGCACGGCUUCGUCAACCAUGGCCAGAUUGGUGCACUCAAGGACUUCUACCUACUCUCACACCAUGAAGUCCACAAGCGGUCGACGGAACCUAGUCAUGAACAUCAUCACAAGUUGAUCAACGAACCAGAGGUGAAAUGGUUCGAGCAGCAACGGGAGAAGCGAAGAGUCAAACGGGACUACAACCAAGACUCGUUACUGUCACAAAUCUCUAGAAGACUGUCGCCCCACCGAGCUCGCCAUCGAGCGAUCACAUCGUCACCUUUCUUCCCAGACCCGUUGUUUAAGGAGCAAUGGUAUUUGGUACGUAAUGGUGGUGCCAAAGAUGGUCUCGACAUGAAUGUUUCGCCAGCAUGGCAAAAGGGAUAUACGGGCAAAGGUGUUGUUGUAUCCAUACUUGACGAUGGUAUUCAAACAAACCAUCCUGACCUUGCUCAAAACUAUGAUCCGCUGGCAUCCACUGACAUAAACGGCAAUGACGAUGAUCCGAUGCCUCAAGACAAUGGUGAUAAUAAACAUGGAACACGUUGCGCGGGAGAAGUUGCUGCAGUCGCCUAUAACCAGUAUUGUGGAGUUGGAGUAGCUUAUAAUGCUAGCGUAGGUGGAGUUAGAAUGUUGGAUGGUGUUGUGAACGACGCUGUUGAAGCUAGAGCCCUGGGCCUAAACCCUGAUCAUAUUGACAUAUACAGUGCUUCGUGGGGGCCAGAGGAUGACGGAAAAACGGUUGACGGUCCUGGACCAUUAGCGAGAAGAGCAUUUAUUUAUGGAGUGACUAGUGGUAGACGUGGAAAAGGAAGCAUAUUUGUUUGGGCAUCAGGAAAUGGUGGUAGACACACUGAUUCAUGUAAUUGUGACGGAUAUACAAAUAGUAUAUUUACGUUAUCAAUAUCAAGUGCCACGCAAGGGGGUUAUAAGCCAUGGUAUUUAGAAGAGUGUUCUUCUACAUUGGCUAGCACGUACAGUUCAGGUACUCCUGGACAUGAUAAGAGCGUUGCUACUGUUGAUAUGGAUGGAAGACUAAGAGCAGAUCAUAUUUGUACAGUAGAGCACACGGGGACUUCCGCGUCUGCUCCGUUAGCAGCUGGUAUUUGUGCACUAGCACUAGAAGCUAAUCCAGAUUUAACUUGGAGAGAUAUGCAGUAUUUGGUAGUGUUAACCUCGCGACCACAGCCACUGGAAAAAGAAACUGGUUGGAUAGUAAACGGUGUAAAAAGAAAAGUCAGUCACAAAUUCGGUUAUGGUUUAAUGGAUGCUUCAGAAAUGGUUAGUUUAGCUGAACAAUGGGUAUCGGUCCCUCCUCAACAUAUUUGUAAGUCACAAGAAAUCAACGAAGAUAAGCCGAUAGAUCCUACUUAUGGUUAUACUUUAAGUGCUCAUAUGGAUGUUAACGGAUGCAGUGGAACUGUGAAUGAAGUACGUUAUUUAGAACAUGUUCAGUGUAAGAUAUCUCUAAGAUUCUUCCCUAGAGGAAACCUCCGUAUACUCCUUACUUCUCCAAUGCAAACGACAUCAUCUUUGUUAUUCGAGAGGCCUAGAGACGUCAUUAGUUCUAAUUUUGAUGAUUGGCCAUUUUUAAGCGUUCACUUUUGGGGUGAACGAGCAGAAGGCAGAUGGACUCUGCAAAUCGUCAAUGCCGGCAAUAGGCACGUUAACCAACCAGGUAUCCUCAAGAAAUGGCAAUUAAUAUUCUACGGUACUGCAACUGACCCCAUCAGAUUACGUUCUAAAAGGCCAUCACCUUUAGCGCCUCCAUUCGGUUUCCCAACAGCCGCUGACGGCUAUGAUUCUGUCGGGGAUUCUUUUUACAAUACUGACACGUUUACUAAUUACCAGAACUUUCCUACUUUAUUCGCCGCCGGAUCAGAUCCGGAGAAGGCGAUAGCCCGUCUCGAUGGACAUAAUAUCCCUUCACCGCAUGGGGAGAAUGUCCUCGCUGAUAGUAAUGAUAAGCGUGUCAUACAUGAAUGUGAUCCCGAAUGCGAUUCUCAAGGAUGCUAUGGAAGUGGACCUACUCAGUGUAUCUCCUGUAAACAUUACCGACUUGACGAUGCCUGUGUCUCUCGUUGUCCUCCAAGAAGCUAUGCGAACCAAGGGGGUGUUUGUUGGCCGUGCCACGAAUGUUGUGAAACUUGUGUUGGUCCUGGACAAGAUUCCUGUUUAACUUGUGCUCCGUCUUACUUAUUAGUAGCAGAUUUAGGUGUGUGCACACAGCAAUGCCCUGACGGGUAUUGGGAAGAUACUGAUUCGUCAGCUUGCCGACCCUGUGCGUCACACUGUUCCACAUGUUCUGAACGAGCUCACACGUGCACGUCCUGUGAACAUCACUUAGUACUUUACAAUGGAACUUGCUCAGCCUCGUGCCCUCCUUCUACUUAUGAGACUGAUGACUAUUCAUGUGGGAAGUGUCAUACAUCAUGUGAUACGUGUACUGGUCCUGACGAGAACGAGUGUGUCACGUGUCAUGCUUCCAGCUACAUAUUUGAUGGCAGUUGUGUAAGCGCGUGUCCUAGCGGGUAUUAUGCGGACAAGAAAAGAAAAGAAUGUAUGAAAUGUCCAAUCGGUUGUGCAACCUGUUUGGCUACAUUGUGUUUGUCGUGCAACUCAAACUGGGGUUUGAAUAAGAAGAACAAAUGCGUAGCCACCGGCAGCGACCAGUGUACGAUUAGAGAGUUCUUAGACGGCAGCAUCUGUACCAAUUGCCACAACGACUGUGACUCUUGCUAUGGUGAAACUGAAGCGAACUGUCUUACCUGUCCAUCGAAUUAUUUGCUACAGAAUCAUAAAUGCGUGACGGAAUGCAGCCGUGGUUACUACGCGGAAGCAGGCAGGUGUACGCGUUGCAUGCACGGCUGUGCGUCUUGCGUGUCGCGGCUCAACUGCACUUCGUGUGCUGGUUCUUUGAGGUUACAGUCUGGAGCGUGCAGGGCGGCUUGUGCUGAUGGGUACUACGCUGAUCGUGGCACAUGCACCAAAUGCUACAUCUCUUGUCGAACGUGCAUUGGACCUAGGCGUGAUCAGUGUGCGUCAUGUCCAAGUGGAUGGAAGUUGGCUGCUGGGGAGUGCCAUCCUGAGUGUCCUCAAGGUUUCUACCAAACCGAUGACGGCUGUCGUCACUGCCACCACUACUGCCGCGAGUGCAACGGCUCCGGUCCUCUACACUGCACGUCGUGUCCCCCACGGUUCAUGCUCGAUGGCGGGUUAUGUAUGGAGUGUCUCGGCUCGCAGUACUUGGACCCCAGCAAUGGAACCUGCCGCGCGUGCGAUGGGUCAUGUCGAACGUGUUCCGGACCCGGGCAAAACAGUUGCACAGGAUGUUCAAGGCCUUUGAGGCUUGAUAAGUUAAACAACCAAUGCGUGCGGUGCUGCUCGGAGUUGGGCAUAUUGGCGAACUCUACGUCCACGCCUGACUGUUGUCAUUGCAACCCCGAUACCGGAGAGUGCACGAGCUCGUCUAUAGCGGGCAAGCGACGCAACUCGGAGUCGGCCGCCCUACACACCGUCGCGAGCGAGCGCGCGCCGACCUCGUUCCUCAACCUAGUGAUUGCGGCGGCGGUCGUCGCUCUACUUGUGCUGUCUGUUAUGAUGGUUCAGCUACGCAGAUCGCGCCAAAAACCGCAAGCGCGUUCCAAAGGCGCCAUAUACUCCCCGCUCGCGUGUAACGACGAAGGCGACGUCGCGGUGCUCGGCUCGCGAACGACCUUCCUCGCGAGCGACGGCGAGCCCGAACGUAACGAGCACGAGCCGCUGCUCGAACAUUCCACAUAGCACUCUGUGAUGAUAGAGAUAAGUGAUCUUGACGUAAGCUUUACGUAACUACGUUUAACGCGUCGCGUCGUAUCCAAUUAUUAUUAAGCUGGACUUUCGUGGGUCUCGACCGAGCGCCGGUGUGAGGUGUAGAAUGCCCUUCCGGCGUCCGUGUUUUCUGACACGCCUAGCCUAAAUACCUUUGAGGCAAGAGUGAAUAGGCAUCUUGUCAAGCGCGCUCUAACCUUGCUUUUUUUUAGCAUCAUUGCUUUUUUAAGCAUGAUUAAUGAUGAUGAUUUUCAUAGUAUUUCCCUACUAUGAAAAUGUAUGGCGUCCACCGCAUGCGUCUGUUACGGGGCGCUGGCAAGGAUGAGCUGGGAAGUACCGCCAUGUUUUUUCAUUGUCAGCGUCCUUAACACGCGUCAAUCGCUUCGGCCGUGAUCUACGGAAGCUUUAGAAAACAUGAAAGUCAAGCACGCACGGUGAAAUAGUUACUUACUGUAAGAUUUUGUAAACGCUUUUCAAUUUGCAACGUCACAUGGCGAUUCUUCUAUGAAUAAAGAAAGAAAGAAUGACAUUCGGACGCCAUAAAUGAUUUUAAUGACAGAGAAUCAGAAUGUAUAAUAGGUGAUCAGAGUUAGAAAUGACGUAAUGAUCUUUACAAGUUAAGAGUGCCUCUCCACCCAGGCAGUCGUCCUUUAAGGCCGUUCUACGCCAAAGCAACAUACAUUGAGGCAUAUGUCAUAGGGAUGUAUAUGUAAUAUUCCUAGUCUCAAUAUUGUCUCAGCAUAAAAUAAACUGCCGCGUGCUGCGCGGCAGAAAUGUUCUCUUUUGUAGCAUGCCGCUAUGUCGCAUGUUGUUGCUUUAGUGUAAAACUACCUUUAGACAGUAUAUUUUAACAUUUGUUUAAGAGAAUGCUUUAUAUGUUAAUAUUUCGCUGUGCAGGCUUGCCUCUUAAGGCGCGCACCACUUGCAACUUUUGUCUACAUACCUACAUCAUUUCGUCCGCAUAAAGUAUAUGAUUGUGCGUGAAAGUACGCACAAUCUGCGAGGCGAUUUCAAAGCUUUUUCUUAGAUUUGUGAGCGACAAAAGCUGCUGUGUGUGCGCGCCGUUAUAGUUCUCAAUUCGUUGAAUAAGGCUAUUGAAAUUAGUUCAAAAUAUAUACUGGAACAAUCAUCCACUCAUGUCGAAACAUACUAUUCUAGCAACGUACCGUAUGCGUCCAACUUAAGUGCGUAAUAAGAUAGUUUUAUAUUCCUUUAGCACACCAAAGCAUUCGCAUGCGAUACAUCGUCACGCGUUAGCAUAAAAGCAUUAAUCGUUUCUAGGUACCGCGUGCAAAAUGCGAAUGGGUCGGUGUCCUAAAGGCGCUAAACUUUAAGCCUGAAAUCUUAGAGCGCACUUUGAAUUUGCUUAUACUUAAGACACUGUUAAAACGAGACAGCGUUACCGCUGGCAUAAAUCUGUCUCUUUUUAACUGAUACUUAAGUCUAAGCAAAGUCAAAGUACACUCUAUAGAUUUCAACCUAAGUUGACAUCAACUGAAAAAGGUACUCGUUGAAUCGAGUAUUUUAAACUCAAAAUGUCCUAAUAGAAGCUAAGAUUAUAUAUUUAUAUGAAAAAAAAAGAUAAAUUAAUGAAUUUGGAAAGUAAUGUGACAAUUUCUGAAUUAUUUUUUAUCAUAAUGUAUUUAGAACUACGAAAUCUAAUUUAAUAAAGUCAUGAUUUCUUUUGAAAACAAGAAAAAAAUUAUGUCACAAAAUCAUUCAACAUUAAUGUUUAGAGUGUUUUAUCGUAAAGAAAUAGACGUAAAUGGAAUGGUCGUUUUAAAAGUAAUAGAUAAUAAUUUAUGUUUAGAGGACCAGUAUAUAUAAGAUUUUAUAUAUAAUUAUCUCAGGAGGGAUGGGUUUGGGAUGAACUUAAGUAAGUCUUUGCUUUUCACAUACCUAAUGAUUAAUUUUCCAUUUUGUACAAAAUCCAAUAAAUCAUUAGAAUAUGUACAUUUUACACAAUGAUAUAAAACAUUUUGUAAAUUGAAAAAUACUACUCUGUUUUACAUAUUUUUUUUAAAUAGUUAAAAAAGUGAUGUUUUCUCCUGAGCUUUCAGUCCCAAAAUAUGACAUUAAAAGCAUUUGCGGCGUGUCAAUGACCUAUUUUGUAAUGUAGAUAGGUGUAAAUAAAGUAUGAACAAAAUGUUCUGUCGGGCUCAUGCCCCGUGCCGUAUAUAUUGUGAUAUGGGGUUAUAAUAAAUAGGCAUAAUAUGUAUCGUUUGUUGUUACCAAAUGAAUAUACUAAAAUCCAC